AUGGCUAUUCUUGAUAAGUUAUUUCAAGUUCCUUACCUGGUCCAGGGUGUAUGCAUUGGUUUCGUGGUACUAUUCAUUGCAAGUUUCUGGGACGACAUCUCCGAUGAAAUUCCCUUCACCCAAGUACCCUUGGUGGGUAAGAGCUGGUGGGAUUUCUCUAAUAAGAAGGCCAAGCUACGUUUCACCAGGGCUGCUCGUGGGUUGAUUGCAGAGGGGUUUGCAAAGGCCAAUGUCUUUCAGGUCAUGGCUGCAUCCAGGCCCUUGAUCUUGCUGCAUCCAAAAUAUAUUGAGGAGAUUAAGAGCCACCCCCACCUGGACUUUGACGGCGCAACCCGCAAGACCUUUUUCGAUGACCGUGUUGCCGGAUUUGAAGCAUUCCAUCCGGCUGGGGCAGGUCAGAUUGUACAAGAUUUGGUGCGAAUCAAGCUGACCCAAGCACUUGGUGCCCUAACUACUCCACUUUCAGCGGAGACUGCUUUGAUACUCAAACAAACAUUUCCUCCCUCAGAAAAAUGGGAAUCAUGCCACUUUUCCCGCACAGUCCCAUUGAUCGUGGCUCGACUAUCAACCCUCGUUUUCAUGGGCAAUGAUAUCUGCCGUAACCAAGAAUGGCUUAACGUUGCAGUGAACUAUACCACCGAUGCCUUCAUGUCUGCCCGCGAGUUGCGAAUGUGGCCGUCCGUCCUCCGCCCUUAUGUGCACUGGUUCAUGCCAUCGAUGAAGAAGCUCCGCAAUCAUCUGUCCACUGCCCGUUCCAUUGUCAGCGAUGAGAUUGAGAAACGUACCCUGAUAAACGAGGGCAGGCUUCCUUCCCAGCAUCGUACUCAUCCCGAUGCUCUGGAUUGGAUUGAAGAAUUGGAGGCGAAGAACCCUCCAGCUCGGCCCAUUGACAAGGCUCGUCUCCAAGUUUCGCUCUCGAUGGCUGCUAUUCACACUACAUCCAACCUCAUCACUAACCUCAUGUAUGAUCUGGCGUCAUAUCCGGAGUUCGUUCAACCACUGCGGGAAGAGAUUUGCGCUGUUCUUGCCGAGGAUGGCGGUUUGAAGAGAACCAGCUUGCACAAGUUGAAGUUGAUGGACAGCGUCAUGAAGGAGACACAGCGCAUGCACCCUGUGAGCAUGACUUCCCUGAACCGUCUCGCUGUCAAAGCAAUUCCUCUUUCCGAUGGCACUGUGAUUCCCCAGGGUGCUCAGAUUGCCGUCGCCAACAUUGUCAACCAAGACGAAACAAUAUAUCCUCACGCAGCCAAAUACGACGGCUUUCGCUUUUACAAAAAGCGCCAAGAGCCCGGCAAUGAGCAUCGUCACCAAUUUGUAACGACGAGUUCCGACAGCUUCGGGUUUGGCCAUGGCACCCACGCCUGUCCUGGUCGAUUCUUCGCUUCUAAUGAGGUCAAGAUCCUGGUGAUUCACAUGUUGCUCAAGUACGAUUGGCAGCUCAAGGACUCGAGCAAUGGACGGCCCAGGAACUUUGAGAUGGGAGCUGAAUCUGUCCCAAGCCCCAUAGUUGAGCUGCUGUUUCGGUCUCGCGAGCCGGAAGUUGAUCUUUCCUGUCUUGGGGAGUGA